UCUAUUCCUACUUAUUGUAAUAGUGAUCAGGUGAAUGAAUCUACAGACAUCACUAUAGAUGAAAUCAGCCAACCAACUGAAACUGAAGCCAGUCUACCAGAGAAUCACCGAGACGAUGAAACAUCGAAUGACACCAGUAAUCACGCUCCAUCCAAAUACAAACUGCUUCCAUCGUGUUCUUGUUCAAAAGACUGUUUAAGUAGCAUACCAGAGGAGCAACGCAAAGACAUCCACAACCAGUUUUGGAAGCAAGACUAUUCCAGAAGGCGAGCCUGGAUAUUUUCGCAUGUUAGUGUCUUGGAGCCAAGGAAAAGAAAAAAUCAGGCACCAAACACCAGUCCACGAAAAAGUCAAGGAAGUAUGUUCCCCCUGAUAGUGAUGGCAAGAACCAGUUUGUCUGUAAAGUAUUCUUUUUACAUACAUUGGGAUACAAACAUGACAAAGUGCUUACAACCACACUCGGUUCAUCAAAUUCUGGCGAUAUAACCACACCUUUGGACAUGAGAGGAAAACACGCCCCUGCACACAAAAUGACUGACGACUCAAAGACAAUAGUUGAAAAUCACAUUCUGUCAUACCAUCCAGCCGUCAGUCAUUACCGUCGUUCACAUGCACCUCUACGACGGUAUCUUCCAUCGGAACUGAAGAUAUGUGACAUGUUCAAAGACUUUAAGCAGAAACAUAACGUUUGUGGACGCGGAAACAUAUCGGAAAUUAUUAUCAGAAAUAAACAUUGGCUUUGCAAAGCUAGGGGAAGAAGAAUGUGAGCCUUGCCUGGAAUUUGAAAAACACAAGAACAUAUGAGAAGGACAUGGGGGUGACACACAAUGCACAGUAUGUUCAGGAUGGGAACAUCAUAAAGACAGAGCAUAUGUUGCCAGCUGGAGAAAGAACGACCAAGAGAAGAAAAUGAGGCAGUUUGCUACGUGGACAUGCAGAAGGUUAUCAUGUUGCCAUGCAUUCCUGAUGUCAAGAGUUGUGUGUUUACAAGACGCCUUGUGCAGUUUCAUAUGACUUUUGCCCCGAUAGGGGGAAAAAAUUGUAACAGUGAUCCGAUCAUUGGUGUUAUAUGGACAGAAGCCACAGCUGGAUGAAACUCUGAGGACGUAGCAAGUACUUACACCAAGUACAUUAACACUCCUAUGUUUAGAGACAGGGAAAGAUUUAUUUUCUACAUGGAUAAUUACAGCGCGCAAAAUAAAAACUGGACACUUUACACAGCGAUGGUUUCUGAAGUGAACAGAAUGGAAGGGCCCCAAGAAAUCAUUUUCCGCUAUCUCGAACCAGGACAUACGUUUAUGUCAGCUGACUCAUUCCUUGCACAAGUAGAGAAGUGCAUGAGAGAAAGGAAACAUGUGUAUGACGAAGAUGACUUCACAUCAAUUAUCAACGCAAAAGGAUCUGCUGUGCCAAUGUCACCAGCUGAUUUUAUUAUGUAUGAAAAUGGGGUCAGCCAAGGGAAAUACACAAAUAAGCCCUUGUUGUGUGAGGUACAAGAAGUAAGGUUCAACAAGGGAUCCACAAUGUUGUAUUGGAAAAGCUCGAUAGACGACACUGAGUAUAGUUCAGGAGAAUUCUUAAAAAAGAAAAUAGCGGAGAGAAUCAUGCGUUGUGGACACGAGGUCACAUUUCCACGUCUUCAGACAGCACAUAGAAUUCAGGAUAAGAAGAAGAAUGACAUCCUAACAAAGCUUUGUAAAUUUAUGCCAGCCAAUCGCCAUGCUUUCUGGGAAAGGUUCGCAGUAAAUGAUGGUUCAGUUGAUCUAAUUGAUAAUUAUUAGUGAACUGUAAUUGCAGGGUAGUUUAUAACCUAAAUUAUUCUAUCCUUAAUAUAAAAUCCCAACCCCGAAACCUAGUCUCAGAAAUACCGGGAUGGUGUCCAGCGGGAAUAGUUUUUUACCAAAGGGAAAUGUCUAAUUUUACAUGUAUUAUUUGUAAUGUUGAGAGGAUUACAUAAUGUUUGUAAUUAUAAUCAUAAAAAUCCUCAAUUAUUGUACAUACAGUAUUUAAUAUUCAAUUAAUGGUAUACAUCAUAAAUUUAAAAUUUCAUCCCCGAAACCUAGACUCAGAUAUACCGGGAUGGUGUCCGGCGGGGAAUAGUUUUUUA